AUGCCCUCCGACAUUGGACAGCAACUUGUACAUACUACGCCAAUGGUGGACCAUAAACCGAUCCAAGGGCUCCAGUCACCCUUGAAUCUUGAUAACCUCGACAGCUUGAACAGUCUGGGCAACACAAGCGUUUACUUGACAUCCCUGGAAGGUAUUAACGCUUCUCCGCAGCCAGCGUGGUUCAAGGGCACCGCUCCAGAUCAACAGGGCAAGACGAACGGCGCCGUUUCCUCAAUGAUUAUUAUUCGUGAUCAUAACAAUGGGACGGUGGAUGCCUUUUAUUUUUACUUCUAUGCGUACAACGAAGGAAACACCGUCCUGGGUAUGGAAUUCGGUGACCACGUCGGGGACUGGUAA